UUUCAGACAAAACCGUGAAAACGUGACAAAGAAAAUUAUAUAUUAGCAAGGGCUUGUCAUCCAUAAACGACCAUGUCGGAUUCAGAAGAUAGUGGACCAGAGGAACCAAUGGAAACUGCUCCUGUGGUUGGCCCAACAGUUUUACUCAAGAAUCCACCAAAAGGAAAAAAUGAUAAUGAAGAAAAGGAUGAGGAGGAUUUCGAUACCAAAAUUGAAACAGACAGGGGAAAUCGAUUUGAGUUCUUACUCAAGCAGACAGAACUAUUUUCCCAUUUCAUGCACACGGGUAGUGGGCAAACAGGAAGUGGCAAAACGCCUACAAGUCCACUGAAGAUGAAACCAGGUCGACCAACCAAGGGCAAAAAACAAGAUGAAAGGGCCAAACUAGUGUCUGCAGGAGAUCAUCGCCAUAGACGUACAGAACAGGAGGAGGACGAAGAAUUAUUGUCCGAGAGUAAAAAAGCUAAUGCAGCUACAUUCAGAUUUGAAAACAGCCCUUCAUAUAUCAAGUCAGGAGAGAUGAGGGAUUAUCAAGUACGUGGAUUAAAUUGGAUGAUCUCAUUAUAUGAAAAUGGAAUCAAUGGCAUCUUGGCAGAUGAAAUGGGCCUUGGUAAAACGCUACAGACGAUUUCCCUGCUUGGAUACAUGAAACACUACAGACACAUUCCCUCUCCUCACUUAGUCAUUUGUCCAAAGUCCACUCUGGCUAACUGGCAGGCAGAGUUCAAGAGAUGGUGUCCAACACUAAGGGCAGUUUGUCUCAUUGGAAAUCAGGAUCAAAGAACUGCUUUUAUCAGAGAUGUCAUGAUGCCAGGAGAAUGGGAUGUUUGUAUUACUUCUUAUGAAAUGUGUAUCAGAGAAAAAUCAGUAUUCAAGAAAUUUAAUUGGCGAUAUCUGGUGAUUGAUGAAGCUCACAGAAUCAAGAAUGAAAAGUCAAAGCUGUCUGAAAUUGUCAGAGAAUUUAAAUCAACAAACCGGUUGCUUUUGACUGGAACACCACUGCAGAAUAACCUUCAUGAGUUGUGGGCCCUGUUGAACUUCCUUCUUCCAGAUGUUUUCAACUCCUCAGAAGACUUUGAUUCAUGGUUUAAUACAAACAGCUGCUUUGGAGACACAGCUCUAGUUGAAAGGCUUCACGCAGUUUUAAGGCCUUUCCUUUUAAGACGUAUAAAGUCUGAUGUAGAGAAAGCCCUGUUACCCAAAAAGGAAAUCAAGAUCUUUGUAGGCCUCAGUAAGAUGCAGAGAGAAUGGUACACAAAGAUCCUCAUGAAAGAUAUUGAUGUGGUCAAUGGAGCUGGAAAGUCGGACAAAAUGAGACUGCUGAACAUCCUCAUGCAGCUGAGGAAGUGUGCCAAUCAUCCUUAUCUCUUUGAUGGAGCGGAGCCAGGUCCUCCUUACACCACUGACAAACAUCUGUAUGAAAACAGUGGUAAAAUGGCUAUCCUUGACAAACUUCUACCAAAACUCCAGGCCCAGGGUUCUCGAGUUCUAAUCUUCAGUCAGAUGACAAGGAUGUUGGACAUUCUAGAGGAUUAUUGCCAUUGGAGAGGAUACGAGUACUGUAGACUGGACGGUCAAACUCCACAUGAAGACAGAACAAACUACAUAAAUGAUUUUAACAUGCCAAACAGUUCAAAAUUUGUCUUCAUGUUGAGUACAAGAGCAGGGGGAUUAGGUAUCAAUUUGGCUACAGCAGACAUUGUCAUUAUUUAUGACUCGGACUGGAACCCCCAGGUUGAUCUACAAGCUAUGGAUCGUGCCCAUCGUAUUGGUCAGAAGAAGCAGGUCAAGGUUUUCCGAUUCAUCACAGAAAAUUCUGUUGAGGAAAGAAUCGUGGAAAAAGCAGAGAUGAAGCUGCGCUUAGAUAACAUUGUCAUUCAGCAAGGUCGUUUGGUAGACCCAAGUACAAACAAACUUGGGAAAGAUGAAGUUCUGAGCAUGAUCCGACAUGGGGCCAGUCAUGUAUUUGCUUCCAAAGACAGCGAGAUUACAGAUGAAGAUAUUGAUCUUAUCAUCGAAAAAGGAGAGAAGAGGACAGAGGAAAUCAAAGCUAAGUUUGACAAGCUAGGAGAGGGUUCCCUGAGGUCGUUUACCAUGGAUACAGGAGGAGGAGAAGGGGGUAGUGUGUAUCAGUUUGAGGGACAGGAUUACAGAGAGAGACACAAGGGGAUAGGCAAUUGGAUUGAACCACCCAAACGAGAGCGAAAAGCUAAUUAUGCUGUUGACGCAUACUUCAGGGAGGCUCUACGAGUCAGUGAACCCAAAGCCCCCAAGGCUCCAAGACCUCCAAAACAACCCAAUGUACAAGAUUUCCAGUUCUUCCCACCGCGCUUGUUUGAGAUACUGGACAAGGAAAUCUACUACUUCAGGAAGUCUAUAGGAUACAGGGUCCCCAAGAAUCCCGACCUUGGUGCUGAUGCUGAGAGAGUAAGGAAAGAAGAACAAAGUAAGAUUGAUGAGGCAGAUGUCUUAACAGAGGAAGAGCUUGCAGAAAAGGAGGAACUUCUCAAAGAGGGAUUUACCAAUUGGAGCAAAAGAGAUUUCAAUCAGUUUAUCAAGGCCAAUGAAAAGUAUGGUCGUGAUGACUUGGACAGCAUUGCCCGUGAUGUUGAGGGAAAGACACCAGAGGAAGUGAUGGAAUACUCUGGGGUGUUUUGGGAUCGUUGUAAUGAACUCACUGACAUUGAGAAAAUCAUGGCUCAGAUAGAACGUGGAGAAGCAAAGAUUCAGCGCAGGAUCAGCAUAAAAAAGGCACUGGAUGCUAAGAUGGCCAGAUACAGAGCUCCAUUCCACCAGCUGAGAAUUCAGUAUGGUACAAACAAAGGCAAGAAUUACACCGAGGAAGAGGACAGGUUUCUGAUUUGUAUGCUACACAAGCUGGGCUUUGACAAGGAGAAUGUGUAUGAUGAGCUAAGGACGUCGGUACGCCAGGCUCCACAAUUCAGAUUUGACUGGUUCAUCAAAUCAAGAACAGCAAUGGAGUUGCAAAGAAGGUGCAAUACGUUAAUAACAUUGAUAGAAAGAGAAAACAUGGAACUAGAAGAAAAAGAAAAGGCAGAAAAAAGGCGACGAGGAAAAUCAGGUACCCCAAAAGGACAGAAAAGAAAAGCUGAUGCUAUGGACAAUAGGGGUCGACCAAAGAAGAAAAAGUGAAUCUCUUUAUGACAGACUAAAAUGGUGUAAUCUCAAAUUACUUGUGAUUUUCCUACAGUUUUAUGGCAUUCGAGGAAAGAAUUGUUUUAAUUGAAUUUAACUUAUUAUCCAACUGUGGAUCACAAGUUAAAAAAAUAGGACAGGUUAAUCUACCAUAAUACAUGUUUCAGGGGUGGUAUGUCCGUUUCAGAUAAAUGUAAAUGUAUGGCAUACUUAGUGUAGUUUUUAUGUAGUUGUUCAGUUGUGCAUGUUGUCAGUGUCCAAUGUAAAUUUGUAUUUUAUGAAAGUUUUUUUUUUUUUAUGUACCUUGGUUGUUUACAACACCUUGGAGAAUCAUUCAUUAUCCUUUCAUAGCUCUAUCACACAGCAUCAUUCAUAAAAUAAUUGUCAUAGAAUAAUAGUGUAAUCAUUAAAUCAUCAGAAAUGUA